CGUGGUCUCCGCCGACGGCCGCAAGCUCGGGCGCGCUGCCGCUGCCCGGCGCUGGCAGCCGGAGAUGACGCUCCUGGGGCGGGGCCAGUGACGCACCGGGAACGCCGGCAGAGGCAGCAUGGGCAAGCAGAAGAAGGCGCGGAAGUACGCGGUCAUGAAGCGCAUGAUCAGCCUCCGGGAUGAGCGCAUUAAAGAGAAGGAUCGCGCAAAAGCCCCCGUGAAGAAGAAGGAGGACCCGAGUGCCAUCAAAGAGCGGGAGGUCCCCCAGCAUCCCUCUUGCUUGUUCUUCCAGUAUAAUACACAGCUGGGCCCCCCUUACCACAUCCUGGUUGACACUAACUUCAUCAACUUCUCCAUCAAGGCCAAACUGGACCUAGUACAGUCGAUGAUGGACUGUCUCUAUGCCAAGUGUAUUCCAUGUAUCACAGAUUGUGUGAUGGGUGAAAUCGAGAAGUUAGGACAGAAGUACCGUGUGGCAUUAAGAAUUGCCAAGGACCCUCGGUUUGAACGCUUGCCAUGUAUGCACAAAGGCACCUACGCCGAUGACUGCUUGGUGCAGAGGGUCACUCAGCACAAAUGUUACAUUGUGGCCACAGUGGAUAAAGAGCUCAAGCGGAGAAUACGAAAAAUCCCUGGAGUGCCUAUAAUGUAUAUUUCCAGGCACAGGUACAAUAUUGAGAGGAUGCCAGAUGAUUAUGGAGCUCCUCGAUUCUAACCUGUCCAGCCAAGCCAUCAACGCCAGGACUGUGAGCCAGGAUGAGGGUUCUUCUGAUUCCAAUCCUCCUGCUUCUUUUGUUGGAACUCUGCUCAUAGGACUGUGGAUAACACCAAAUUGACUUAUUAACCUUGUUUUUCUAAGAAAAAGCUAUUUUGAAGAGUCUGGUUUUAUUCAUCCCUCCUUUGCAUUGGUCCAAUUAUCUACAGCUGGGAAAAGCAUAUCAGAAACAGAGGACAGCAGGACCAAGAAUGUGCCUAGCUCUGCAUCAGGACCAUUGGAAAAAGUGAUUUCAGAAUUCUGAAUUAAAUAUUGAUGAUGCAACUCUGGCUGAUAAUGAAACCACAAGAGAUUUUAAAAGUUUCUUACUGCAGCACCUGGAGUGGGACAGGUAUUCCUUUGGGAAGCUACCUCACACCUGUUUAGUCAAAUCAGAAUCUGCAUUCUGCAGAAAAGACAUCAGAUCUGCACCAGUUGGUGGCUUUCUCUGGAAAAGCAGUCUAGAUUUUAAUUCAGAAUUGAUGGGCUUUUAUUCAGCUACAAAGUGAAUGAAGUUUGUUUCAGUGUCCUCU